AUGAGACAUCUAUUCGGCUUCUUCCUUCUACCUGUUCUCGUAUCCUCUCAGUUAGCUGCAGUCUACUCGGAAGCUUCUAGAACAUCGGCAUGCAGUAAUUGGAGCAGUUGGGGUAAAUGUGUAUGGCCAGAUCAAAAAACUGGGAAACCAUAUCUUGAGCAAGUUUCAUCAAUUUGCCAACAUCAUUGGUUUUACUCUUUUAUCAAGCGUUAUGAGAACUCAUUGAACUCCUUCUAUUCUUAUAUGGGAAGUGUGUUAAAAUCAAAGAAGCCAUGUGGGUUGUGUUCUUAUAAGCAAUCGUGUGGAUUCGGAGGCGCUGUCAAAUGUAAUCAAAGUCCGUUGGCAGUUGAAGGAACUCGCCCCUUCCUCCCAUUCUAUGUCGCCGAAAGAGUUUGCAGUGAAAAAGAUUUGGGAAAAAGUCAAGUUGAUUCUUGUGUCGUUGAUUACGAUGCUCUAAUGGUAAACUCCAAAAUACUUUCAAGAAAAAUUCACAGUUUGAAAUUUCCAGAAAACUUCGUAAAGGACGAGGAAAGAAUUCAAAGUUCCGCACCGAAAAAGUAUGCAGAUGUUGUUGUUUCCCAUUCCGUCCGAAUCCAAAAACCUUCAAAUGUGAACAUGUUCCUGGCAGUGCGGUUGCUCCUGGAAUGGAUCUUCUUGCCGACGAAUUCAAUAGAAAAAGAAAGAGAGUUUGAAAGAAGCUAA